AUGAAAGAGGUAGUUGUCAGUGAGAAUCCCAAAAGGAUCAGUGGAUUGGAAUUCAGUGCCUUAAGUGCAGCUGAUAUAGUUGCUCAAUCAGAAGUGGAAAUAUCAUCCCGUGACUUGUUUGAUCUUGAGAAAGGUAGAGAACCUAAGACUGGUGGUGCCCUAGAUAAAAGAAUGGGGGUUUCAUCAUCUAGUCUUGAAUGUGAGACUUGUCAUGGGAACUUGGCUUCAUGUCAUGGUCAUUUCGGGCAUAUUAAAUUGGCUUUGCCUGUGUUCCAUGUCGGGUAUUUCAAAGCUACAAUUCAAAUAUUACAAGGGAUCUGUAAGACUUGUUCUGCUAUCUUGUUGAGUGAUAAGGAUAGAAGACAAUUUUUGAACGAGUUACGUCGUCCAGGUGUGGAUAAUUUAAGAAGAAUGGGGAUAUUGAAAAAAGUUUUGGAUCAAUGUAAAAAACAAAGAAGAUGUUUACAAUGUGGUGCAUUAAAUGGUGUUGUUAAAAAAGCUGCAGCUGGGGCAGGUAGUGCCUCGUUGAAAAUUAUACAUGAUAACUUCCGUUGGGUUGGUAAGAAAUCAGCUCCAGAAAAGGAUAAAUGGGUUGGUGAUUGGAAAGAAGUCUUAUCUCAUCAUCCAGAACUAGAAAGAUUCGUCAAACGUUGUUCAGAUGAUUUGAAUCCAUUAAAGACUUUAAAUCUUUUCAAACAAAUCAAACCAGAAGACUGCGAAUUAUUAGGUGUAAACUCGACAGUGAAAUCAGGUAGACCAGAAACUUAUAUAUGGAGAUAUUUACCUGCUCCACCAGUUUGUAUUAGACCAUCCGUCAUGAUGCAAGAUUCACCAGCAUCUAACGAAGAUGAUUUGACGGUUAAGUUGACAGAAAUCGUCUGGACUUCAUCCUUAAUCAAAGCUGGUCUGGAAAAGGGUAUUUCCAUUAAUAAUAUGAUGGAACAUUGGGAUUAUUUGCAAUUAACAGUCGCCAUGUAUAUCAAUUCAGAUUCAGUGAACCCAGCCAUGUUACCAGGUGCAUCUAGUGGUGGUGGUAAAGUAAAACCUAUUCGUGGGUUCUGUCAACGUUUAAAAGGUAAACAAGGGAGAUUUAGAGGUAAUUUAUCAGGUAAGCGUGUCGAUUUCUCAGGUAGAACAGUAAUUUCCCCAGACCCCAAUCUUUCCAUCGAUGAAGUGGCUGUCCCAGAUCGUGUGGCGAAAGUCUUAACAUUCCCAGAAAAGGUUACACGCUAUAAUAGACAAAAAUUACAACAAUUGAUUAUAAAUGGUCCAAACGUUCAUCCAGGUGCCAACUAUCUAUUGAAAAAUAAUGAAGAUGCAAGAAGAAAUUUACGUUAUGGUGAUCGUGUUAAAUUGGCCAAAAAUUUACAAUUUGGAGAUGUCGUCGAAAGACAUCUAGAAGAUGGUGACGUAGUCUUAUUUAACCGUCAACCAUCCUUACAUAGAUUAUCUAUCUUAUCGCAUUAUGCCAAGAUUCGUCCAUGGAGAACAUUUAGAUUAAAUGAAUGUGUCUGUACCCCAUAUAAUGCAGAUUUUGAUGGGGAUGAAAUGAAUUUACAUGUCCCACAGACUGAAGAAGCAAGAGCUGAAGCCAUUAAUUUAAUGGGAGUUAAAAAUAAUUUGUUAACUCCAAAAUCAGGUGAACCAAUUAUUGCAGCUACACAAGAUUUCAUCACAGGUUCUUAUUUAAUUUCACAUAAGGAUUCUUUCUUUGAUAGGGCCACUUUGACACAAUUAUUGUCUAUGAUGUGUGACGCAAAUUUACAGUUUGAUAUUCCUCCACCAGCAAUCAUGAAGCCACAUUAUUUAUGGACUGGUAAACAACUUUUCUCCUUAUUAAUUAAACCAAAUAAAGACUCUCCCGUUGUCAUCAAUUUGGAUGCUAAAAACAAAGUAUAUAUUCCUCCAAAGACGAAAGCUUAUCCUAAUGAAAUGUCAAGAAAUGAUGGGUACGUUAUUAUCAGAGGCUCCCAAAUUUUAAGUGGUGUCAUGGAUAAAUCAGUUUUAGGUGAUGGUAAAAAGCAUUCGGUCUUUUAUACAAUUUUAAGAGAUUAUGGACCUCAAGAAGCAGCUACCGCCAUGAAUAGAAUGGCUAAACUUUGUGCGAGAUUCCUAGGUAAUAGAGGGUUUUCAAUCGGUAUUAGUGAUGUUACUCCAGCAGAUGAUUUGAAACAAAAGAAGGAAGAAUUAGUUGAAAUCGCUUACGCCAAGUGUGACGAAUUAAUCGAUCAAUUUAAUAAAGGUAAAUUAGAAACCCAACCAGGUUGUAACGAAGAACAAACAUUGGAAGCAAAAAUUGGUGGUCUAUUAUCCAAAGUUAGAGAAGAAGUGGGGGACGUUUGUAUUAACGAACUGGAUAAUUUGAAUGCACCUUUGAUUAUGGCAACUUGUGGUUCUAAAGGUUCUACUUUAAAUGUUUCUCAAAUGGUGGCUGUUGUUGGUCAGCAGAUUAUUUCUGGUAAUCGUGUUCCUGAUGGGUUCCAAGAUCGUUCAUUACCUCAUUUCCAAAAGAAUUCUAAAACUCCACAAUCCAAGGGGUUCGUUAGAAAUUCUUUCUUCUCCGGCUUAACACCUCCAGAAUUUUUAUUUCAUGCUAUUUCAGGUCGUGAAGGGUUAGUCGAUACUGCCGUUAAAACAGCUGAAACGGGUUAUAUGUCACGUAGGUUAAUGAAAUCUCUUGAAGAUUUAUCUUGCCAAUAUGAUAAUACAGUAAGAACCUCUUCAAAUGGUAUUGUCCAAUUUACUUAUGGUGGUGAUGGUUUGGAUCCUAUGGAAAUGGAAGGUAAUGCAAAACCAGUUAAUUUCAAUAGAUCAUGGGAUCAUGCUACUAAUAUCACAUUCAGUCCUGACCAGCAUGGUCUAUUACCAUAUCAAAUCAUGGAAACAACAAAUGCUAUUUUGAAACCUCUCGAAGAUAGAUUAAUACGAUAUGAUAACUUAGGUGAAAUUGUGCCAAAUGAGGAUUCUACAAAGGCUGAAUAUGUUGAUCAAUUCGAUGCCGAAAGAGAUUUUUAUAAAUCAUUAAGAGAUUAUAUGGAUGAAAAGGCGAAAGUGUUAGGUUCCGUUAGAAAAUCUAGAGGUAUGUUACCAAUGGUUGAUGAACCAGCUGAAGAACUGAAAAAAAUGAACCCAGAUGAACAGGUUCCUGAAACAAUAAGAUAUUCUGUCGAUCAACUUUAUAAAAUCACUGAAGACUUAGUCAAGAAAUUCCUUGAGAUUGCAUUAUACAAGUACCGUAAGGCAAGAGUCGAACCAGGUACCGCUGUUGGGGCCAUUGGUGCGCAAUCUAUUGGUGAACCUGGUACACAAAUGACAUUGAAGACUUUCCAUUUUGCUGGUGUUGCUUCUAUGAAUGUUACGUUAGGUGUGCCUCGUAUUAAGGAAAUUAUUAAUGCCUCUAAAGUUAUUUCUACUCCAAUUAUUAACGCUGUCUUAGUUAAUGAAAAUGAUGAAAGAGCUGCUAGAGUUGUCAAAGGUAGAAUUGAAAAGACAUUGUUAUCCGAUGUUGCCUACUAUAUUCAAGAUGUUUACAAAGAUAAUUUAUCAUUUAUCCAAGUCCGUAUAGAUUUGAAUACCAUCGAAAAAUUACAAUUAGAGCUUACGAUUGAAGAUAUCGCCGUAGCAUUAACAAGAGCGCCAAAAUUGAAAAUACUGACUUCAGAUGUUAACAUUAUAGGAAAAGACAAGAUUGCGAUUAACGUCUUCCCAGAAGGUUACAAGGCUAAAUCUAUAUCAACCGCUGCAAAGGAACCGACAGAGAAUGCAGUAUUUUACAGGAUGCAACAUCUUCGUCGUGCAUUGCCUAGUAUUGUUGUUAAAGGUCUUCCUGAAAUUGCUAGAGCCGUUAUUAAUAUCCGUGACGAUGGUAAGAGAGAAUUAUUGGUUGAAGGGUACGGUCUGAGGGAUGUGAUGUGUACAGAUGGUGUUAUUGGUAUGAAGACAACUACCAAUCAUAUUCUUGAAGUGAACACUGUGCUGGGUAUUGAAGCAGCUAGAUCAAGUAUUGUCGGAGAAAUCGAUUAUACUAUGAGUAAUCACGGUAUGAGUGUUGAUCCACGUCAUAUUCAAUUAUUAGGUGAUGUUAUGACUUACAAGGGAGAGGUUUUAGGUAUUACAAGAUUUGGUUUAAGUAAAAUGAGAGACUCUGUUCUUCAAUUGGCAUCUUUUGAAAAGACCACAGAUCAUUUAUUUGAUGCUGCGUUCUAUAUGAAGAAAGAUGCCGUUGAAGGUGUUUCAGAAUGUAUUAUUUUGGGUCAAACAAUGUCUAUUGGUACCGGUUCUUUCAAAGUUGUCAAGGGAACCGAGAUCGCCAAGGAAUCCUUGAAACCAAAGCCAACAUUAUUUGAAAACUUGACAAGUUCAAGAUCUAUCAAAAUGAACUGA